AUCGUCACCGUAAUCAUGCGCUAUACUGUCUUGCUUUUUCUGUUCCACGUGGCCUUCGGGGACGUCGAUAACCAAGAGUGUCCACUAUGGGCAAAUCAACCCAAUUUGGGCAAGUACCAAGACGCCUGGAAGACAUUGUGUAAGUCGAACGGGACUAGAUACUUCCUCGUCAGGUCUACGUUCAACAGCCAUCUGGCGUGGGGCAAAAACUUCACAUGCGUCAACGCUCGAGCAAUGACAGUGGAUGACAAAAACAAGACAGUCCAAUCAUUUCUGACAUUCAGGAACGGGAGUGGCGGCUCUAUAUAUAACUUUACUGCUACUCUUGGAGUUGCGAAGACGUACGGUUAUAAUAUAGAGAAUGCUAUUCAGUUCACACUUCCGAAUGGAACGAGCCUCAGUGACCCCGUUAUCUUCUCAGACUACAAGACUUGCGUGGUUCUCAGUGUACCCUUUGAGAAAGAUGGAGCAGGGUGCGAGUUGUGGGUCAACAAGGAUCACCUCGAAAGCAUCCCCGAUUGCUGUAACUUCAUCUUCGAUGCUUUUUGCGUUAUUGCUGGCAACUACACUGUAUACGACAAGAUUAAUUGCGCGGACGUUCUUGCAGACAAGAAGAACGAAGGCUGCUGAUAACUGCUCAUUCGUGCGCGCUUGUGCGAUAUGUUCCUUGAUUCAGACUUUUUUUUUUGUCGAAGCGCGCCUGUCUUCUCGUUUCAUCGGUCCCCGUUAACUUCUGCUCCGCUAUUAACCAGUACGCUGAAUCGACGAGCCCAAACA